AUGAGCUGCAAAAAUGCAAACCAAUGGUGGGUGGACAUAAGCAAAAUCUUUGUCAGUCAGCAUCGAACGGAAAAUGAACAAAGCACUGAAAAGAAGAGCGCUACAGCAGGGCUAUACGACUAUGUUAGCUUGAGAUAUGAUCAAGAUGCACUGAGAACGAGUUUGCAUCAUAUCGCUUCCAGAAGUGCAAGUGCAAGUGCAAGUGCAAGUUCCACUCCUAUGCACACGCAUGGAAAAAUAUGUGCAAUCCUUUGUAUGACACGAAUUUUGUUACUCAACAAUAGUGUUAUGUCUUCAUUGGAUAAGCUAAAUAAUAUAUGA